AUGCCAGAGACAAAGACCCUCAGCGCCGAUUCCUCGCCGUCAGCACCCACACGGGCGCUGAACGUGACGGUAAUUUGUCCCGACUGCCGCAACCCGACACCCAACAUAGUGGAGGAGUUCGCCUCGGGCGACCUGGUGUGCGGCGACUGCGGGCUGGUAUUGGGGGACCGGAUCAUCGACACGCGGUCCGAAUGGCGGACGUUUGCCAACGAUGAGGGCGACGACCCGUCACGCCGCGGGGCGGGGACGGCGGGUCAGGGGCUGGCGCGCGACCUGAACCGGAUCCACGGCCGGUCAACGGCGCAGCGGCACGAGCGGAACCUGGUGCAGGCGUACAAGGAGAUAUCGGCGCUGUGCGAUGCGUAUGACCUGCCCAAGGUGAUCGGGGACGUGGCCAAGCAGCUGUACAAGAAGGUUGAGGACGAGAAUCUGCAGCGCGGGAAAAACAACGACGCCAUUAUUGCUGCAUGCAUUUUCCUGGCCUGUCGCCAGGAAGGCGUGCCGCGGACCUUUAAGGAGAUCUGUGCUUUGACCAAGGGCGUCACGUCGUCGGAUGACUUGAUUUUGCGCUUCUGCUCCAACCUGACCCUGGAUAUGGAGACCCAGCGCAUCGCUGAGCUGCUGAGCCAGAAGGCCAAGGAUAUGGAUAAGAUUGCGGGCAAGAGCCCGGUGUCUAUUGCCAGCGCGUGCAUUUACAUGGCCUCGCACCUGACUGCCAAUCCAAAGGACGCGAAGGCCAUCUCCAGCAUUGCUGGCGUUGGCGAGGCUACCAUCAAGACCACAUACAAGAUCCUCUAUGCCAACCGCAAGCAGCUGGUGACCCCCGACAUCCUGGCCCGCAGCUCCAAGGCAUCGCUGGACAACCUCAUCACCCCAUAG